AGAAACCCUACUACGACGUCAGUUCGUAAUGGCGACGCAAACAUGUACUCCGGGAAAGGCUUUCGUGGAGGCAGAUCCUUGAGACGACGCCAUGAGAGUGAGGAGGACAGCAUCACUCUCGACACAGGGAAGGGAAUACAAGGGAUCCUGCGAGAAGUGGUGGCCGUUGUGUGCCAGCAGAAUGGUGUCCCUAAGAGCCGCCGCCUGGGGUACCUCAACGCAGCGGUCAGGGCAAUAUCGAAGCUUAACACAACCAAUAACACUAAGAAGUCGCCUUUCACCGAAGAGCAAAUUAAAGCCUUUGAUGACAUCGUGUCGGACAAGGGAAAGACGCAUCCGCCAUCAUCCCACACAGACUUUGGGGAAGUCAAGAUCACAAAGGAACAGUAUUUCUGUUUGUUGCGGUGCUGCCUAGUCCAUGAUGGCAAGGAGGUCCGUGCCGGUGGGCUCAGACUCCUCCGUUACCUCAUACAGUCUCCUGAGGAUGUGAAAGCCCUUCAGGCAGUCAACACUAUACCUCUCAUUAUCAGGAGUAUGGACAUCAUGCUGGAUAAUCAAAUAGAGCGCGUGCAGAGUUUAAGGCUGACAAGAAAAAUGCUGCAGGUAGCUCCUAGUCUGUUUCCCUUGGCUUUGGCACGCUGCUUAGUCGCUAUUGCACGGGAUGGUGCCAAGGAGAGAGACCGUCUUCUCAGAUCUGCUCUUGCUACCCUUAAUGAAAUGGCUGUGUUGAAUACUAAUGUCUUUGUGGAAUGUGGGGGAGUGGGAGUGCUACUGCACAACAUCCUCGACUGUGCUAUGCCAAGAAUUAACGAGGCUCUCCUGGGUGCCAUUCUCUACCUCCUCAACACUCCUGAGUGGCGACCUCACUGUGCCCAGCUUCACCAGAUCCUGGCUCCCUUCUCGGACUUUCACUAUAAGCAUACGAGUUAUGACCUGGAAUAUUAUAGUAAAAGUGAGGAAAGAGAGUUACGGACUCAAGCGGGAAAGUUGGCAGUCCUGGUGUCCUUGCGUUCAUGGCCUGGCCUGGUGGCUCUCUGUCAGCCAGACACAGCAGCAUUAAAGUCGCUGGUGGCAUUACUUUAUCCAAACCACGAAGAUACAAGAAAAGCAGUGAUAGAGCUGUUAUAUGAGCUGUUUCGAAUACCUCUUGGGGAAUGGACAGGUGACUAUGACGAGGCCCUGGCUGAUUACAAUUCACACUCUUCCUCCGACACCGACCUGUGGAGAUUACAUGAAGGGUUUGUAGCUGCAGAAGCCAGAGCCCUCCUACCUCAUACUGCCAAGUUUAGACCAAACAUUAUUCAAAACCAUUUAGCCCUGGUACUUUACACGCUGAUGUGCGUUGAUUUGUUCCCUGCCAUGUGUGAGGUAAUUGUUAGCAGCUCAGCAGCAUUGUCUGUCCGCACAACUAUUCUUCUAGGUGAAAUGCUCCACCAAGCCAACCAGAACCUUCCAGCGGAGUGCUGUGCUCUGUCCCAUUCCCUUCCAUUGCUGCUGGAGCGAGCAGCUGGCCAGGAUGCGACGCAACGCAUGAGAGCAACUCAGGCCAUAACUGCUCUUCUCACUAUUGCCCGCACUCGUCUUAAUGCUCGCAGCUUACCCACCUCCCAGUACUUAGCACAUAUUAUCCGUUGUUCUCCUAAGACUAAAGAACGUAUGCCCAAGGUCCAGACAUCAACCACAAGUGCCAAACUAAGUAAGUGGCUGGGGAAGGACCAUGAUGAGGUAAUACAUCAGACGCUAAAGGACUCCAAUGUCAUUGCCACUGAAAGAUAUUCCCAGAAAUGGAAAUGGGAGUUGAUCAUUCCAGUACUAAGGUGGCCUACGGUUUCUUUGCAACGGUUAGAUGACAGCAGCUAUCGCCUUUUUACAAGACGUUUACUACACUUUUAUAAACCAAGUUCAGGGUUAUUUGCUAAUACUGAUCUGACACAUGAUCUUGCUCAAGUGUAUGCCCAAGCUCUACUGCACUUCUGUGAUUUUUUGUUAGGCGCAUCAGAGGAUGAAUGUAGUAAGUACUUAGAGGAAUUGCUGGUAGACCUGAGCAUGAAUCUUUCGUAUGUUGUCUGUGAACGUCCGCCCCAUGAUGCUGUGUUGUCACCAUCCCGCCUUAACACUACUACUGCACAGCAUUAUUUCUUGGCAAUGGGCAGACUUUCUCAUUCUCAGAGAGGAUAUGACAUGCUUCUCAAAGCGGGCAUUUUUCAGCAGCUGCAGGAAUUAGUAAGCAUAUCUUCCAGUGACAUGUAUGCCAAACUUGUGUCAACGUGCCUAGAUUAUUCAAUCAAUGGUCUUAACAGAGCUAUUUUAAACAAGAUUUUAACUGGAUGUCAAGAGUCAGCUCGCAUGUACGCCACGCAGCUACUCAGAGCAUUAGUGCGAGUAGGAGCUGAAGACUUUUCAAGGUGGGGCAUUGAGCUGCUUGUGGGUCAGCUUUAUGAUGAGAGCCGUUUAGUUGCUCACGCAGCACUGGAUGUUUUGGAUGAAGCUUGUGAUAAUGAGGAAUACUUAGAGGCAGUGUUGUGUGCACCUCCAUCGGUUCUACAUCUGGGUGACAAGGGUCAGUUGCUCAUGGCAAAAUUGGUUUCCUCCCCUCGUGGUUUUCGAGCUUAUCAAGAAGCAAACUUCAUUAAUACUUUAUUGGAUAAAUGGGCUGCAACUUACAACUACAAAUAUGUUCGAAUGAUGCAAACAGCAGUAGCAGAUUCCCUGACGCAUCACCAGCGUGGAGAUGAUGGCAAUUAUGGUAGACGUACAGGGAGCAAGCAUGUGGUCCAUGAUGUCUUUGUUCUUCCACACUUGUAUGGGUCCCUCACACAACACAAAGAUGGUUUCUCUGUUUUGAUGCAGCAUGAAGCAGUGAAAAAUAUGGUACAGGUUGUGAAGAACGGCAAUGUAGCAACUGCGCAAGAUAUAUAUGAACUAAAGGUUGCCAUCUGGGCUAUGGGUCAUGUGGGGCUGAGCAGUGAUGGUGCUGGUUUCUUGAGCUGCGAGGGGGUGCUGACGUCCCUCACACAGCUUGCUGCCUCGUGCCCUGUGUACUCGGUUAGAGGAACAUGUUUCCAUGCCCUUUGCUUAGUGGCAACUACUAGAGAUGGAGCUAGUCUGCUGCGAAAGUAUGGUUGGGAGUCUGUUACCCGCCACCAUCAUGAACCUUGGCAGUAUGUUGAAGAGCUAAUGGAAUCUUGGGGAGGGACAAAUAACCAGGGACAGGGGGAUGAGAACUAUAUCAGUGUCCGUGGCCAUCAGAUCUCUGAGAGUGAUGCUGAUGACCUGGAGUUAUCAAAAAGUGGUGGAUUUUACGUAGGUGAUGACUCUGAUGAUUGCAGUGACGGAGGGUCAUUACUAGUGGAUGGUAUUGGUUUGGAUGAUACAUACCCAACCACUGGAAAAAGUCAGACUUUACCACACAAGUCAAAACCAUCAUCCAUGAUGGGUCACCAGAGGAGCCUCUCAGACUGUGCACCAGUCUUGGAGGAGCUUCCUUCCUCAGACCCCCCUCAGUCUGCUCCCUCACAAGAUGAUCUCACUCUUGGGAAAAGAUCUUCCAUCCGACUCAGCAAAAUCUUUUCAAGCAUGCGCAGGAAGCAAGAAAGACGGCGGGAGAGCACAUGUAGCCGCACCAGCAACUCCUCGACAACCUCUGAUCGCAUGAUGUCCGCUUUUCUGCAGUCAGCCAAAAAGCUAAGGGGGACCAGUUCCCGAAGCCACUCCCUCACUGAACACUUUGGCUCAGAUGAUGAGGCUGCUGACCAGAGAUACACAAUAAGCUCUGAUUCAUUGUCAGAUCCAGCACAGGACCAAGAUUUUCCAACGUCCGAUAUGCAUUUAGAUCCAGCUGAUAGUUCGAGUGACGCUUAUCAACUGGCAGUUCACACACCUGCGCAGUUCAGGCCUCAUGUUGAGUCUCGUCUGAGCCCCAUUGCUAGUGGUGCCUCAUUGUCAACCAUUGGAUCUCAGGCUGUUAUUGAAGGUGGUGUUGACUUAAUGAGAGGGACGCGAGGGGGAUCAAUCCGUGGUUCAAGUGGAGCUCUGUUUGCUGAGGAUAGUGGGGGAGGAGGUACCGGAGGGAGUGGAGGUGGUGGGAGUACAACUCCCGGUGUUCUAGGGUCAGGAGUAGCUACUGGCCAGCCCUUGUCAACACAGAGUUACUUAACACUGCGCAACAUCACCAAACACCGGAGAGUAGUGUCGGAGUCAACGCAAGAGGAAAAGAAUUCGCGCAAUUCUCUCAAGGGCUUUCUGUCUUCCAGCUAUGAUCAAGGAGUGCCAUACUUGAUGCGUGACCUUCUCGAUGUGCGAGGGAUGGUGCGGUCUCCUUCAGGUUGUAGUGAGGUUUCUUCCGUGCGUUCCUUUGGCAUUCGUGGUGGUGGCACAGGAGCUGGCACAGGUAGAGGGGUGUCCAUGAGUGGCCUAACACAUCACCAGUCAGGGCAGUGUUAUGUUGGCUUUGCCCUGCCCUUGGACCUGGACCUCCUGCUUUAUGAUGCUUCCUCUGACAAGAAGAGCCAUCCUGAAGGAGGGGGUGUGAGUGUUGCAAUCACUAAUGGUACUACUGGGAAGGACAGGUUUCCUGCUAUCACAGAGUCUGAGUUUGAGAGUCUGUCUGAAGAGAAUUCCAGUGGCAGAAAGGCUGAUAUAGUUAGAAGAGAAAAAGAGGAAGCAGAUGGAAAAAAUAAGCGAGUUGACAGUGACGACACAGGAUUAGAACUCCACUGCAAACAGACUUGCCUGGCAUGCUUUUCCUUAACCUCGCCUUCCCCAAAGUUAAAUUCAAGCCCUGUACACCAAUGUGAGAACGAAGGGCAGGUGAUGGAUGCUGUGGUAGAGUCCCCACCGCUCCAACGAGUCAAAGCCAUCACCGAGCUGUCUGAAGCCUCGGAGUCAUCGAGUGUCAACAGUCAGGGAUGGGAUGACUUAGUAGAUGGAAAGUCUGGUCCAGAGCGCAUCAACCAGACGUUGGUAAGGAAGGAGAUUCUGCGAUUGAUAACAAACCUGCUGUCUUCCAUUGUUGCCAAGUCUGCAGAAUCAGGCCUGUUAACCCUAAAGCAGCGAUGGCCGCAAGCAUUCCGGGACUUAUGCCUCUACUCAGAGAUUUGUCUCAUUUUGGCUUCCUAUUCAUUCCGCUUGACAGCACGACGCUUCAUUCAGGAACUUUUUAUGGACCUGCCACUGAAUGAGAUCUUCGCAGAGGCCAACCGCAUACUCACCACUGAACUGGAAGGGCUGUGCGAGGCUCAAAACCAGGCAUUAAACCCGAGCUCACCGCCACUGCACGGCUUCAGCUUACAGCCCCCUGCCAUGGCAGACAUAGCCGAAGUGACGCUUUCUGAUAAAUCUGAUAAGGAAGAAGAAUGUUAAUUGCUUAAAAUAGUCUGCCAGAAUGCACAAUGCUAUGUUCCUUAAUGGACCGCUGAAUGCUACCAGAUAUUGUGCCCUAUGCAAAACUCAAGUCAAGGUGUUAUACCAAGUAGGAUAUAUGUGAAGGAGUUCAGUCUUCAUCUUUUUCUAAAUAGCACUGUAUAAAGAUAGAGAAAUGUAUGAAUGCAUUUUCUACCCCC